AUGGACACGAUUUCCCUCUUAGAUUUCGCUACCGAGAUCGAUGCAAGGACCACUUUCGACGCCAACCACAUCGCGCCCGAUGAACCCCGCACUACCGCCGAGCUCCAACCCGAGGAAUGUCCCGAUUGCGGAGAAAAGCAUAUCCCUCGCCGAAUAGUUUGUUGCGUUGACGGCACCUGGAUGCUUGAAGAUGGCGCUGAAGGUUAUUUUCAGAAUAACCCAUCCAAUAUCUUCCGUAUUUGGAUGGCUGUGAAGCCUGGGCGAGUCAAAGCUCAGAACGGAACAGAGUGGGAGCAGACUAGGGAAUAUUUCAAAGGGCUUGGCACAAAACAGCCAAAGUGGAAAAAAUACUGGCAGGGUACGACAGGAGACGGGUACGAAGCUCUCGUCGCCGAGGUUUAUGAGGAUGAACUCUUCUUAUUCGGAUAUAGCCGGGGAGCCUUCAUAGUUCGUGCCGUAGCAGGGCUCUUUUCAUAUAUCGGCACACUGAAACGCGACGCCGAUGACUGGGAAGAAAAGUUUUCCCAAGCACUUGAUCUGUACAAAUCGACUCGAUUAGAGAAGGCAGUUAAUCCUGGGAAGCACUCUGCUUUUCAUUUCCUCACGCGGUUUACCAAGGAGUCUCCACGAAUCACGUUCCUCGGGCUAUUCGAUACUGUCAGAUCUAUUGGCUUCCUGGAUCCAAAUAAAACCCCAGCCUGGCUCGACGCUGCCAAGUCCACUAUAGCGCUUAAGCGGCUCUUUGAAGAUCACUCCUAUGAUAUCCGCCAGGCCGAGAACACCUACCACGUGCGGCAGGCGCUCGCGCUACUGGAAAAGCGGGACAUGUUUAAACCAGAGAGGAUGGAGAACGGGCAAGGAGAGAAGUUACCUGCCGGCCAAGCCGAGAGGACCUGCUUAGAAGCCUGGUUUCUCGGUUAUCACGCGGACAUGGGUGGUGGCUCCCUGCAUGAUGGCCUUUCUCUCUGGCCGCUGCAAUGGAUCCUUAGUGAGGCUUCUGCCCACGGUCUCGUUUUAGAUUUUGUGGCCCCUCAACGCUUAGUCAAGGAUAUACAAGAUCCUCUGCAACUCGUGAUGCCGACGGGUAAGGGCCCGCAUCAGAUACCAUUUAAGGACCACAUAGCUGUCAACAUGUGGGACUUGAAUAAAGAGUUUGAUCUCCCAGGCUUGAAGCCCGUUCCCAACCCACCGACAGAUGCAACGACUAAGCUGCCCACCUCGGAGAGAACUGUAUUUACGAGUUCAAGUAGUGGCUCAGUCACCAUAAUCCACCCCUCGGUGUACUGGGCAGACGAUGUGACUCCACUGGGGAUAAGAUUCCUCAGCCCCAUGAGCUUCUCCGGCCAGAUUCGCCAGAGGAUUAGCGAUAUCGAUAUCCGGCCAGAAUCUCUGUACUGGAACCAAAGUCACACGAGGAUAGUCAACGUCCAGCGCGGCCGGCCGAGAGUACUCUUAUGCGGCCCCUCCGGGGUCGGCAAGUCCAGUUUGAUCAACGAGAUCUUGGACAAAGCAGUGACCGCCGAAAACUCCGGCCCUGAUACUGUCCAGCACGACAUCAACUUUGAGCUUGGUGGUAAUAUCUCAGUCGAGGAUGGCAAUGAUUUCAUUUUUCACGAUACCUGCGGGUUCGAGAGGGGAGCCGAGGAGACUGUAAAGAGGGUCCAAACCUUCCUGAAGAAUCGCCGGGGGAUGACCACUUUUCAAGAUCAACUACACUGUAUUUGGUAUUGUUGCGAGUCCACGGGUCGAGUUGAGGAAGCUGAUCGGGAAUUCCUGAGAUCAACUGGCUUCCACGGUAUCCCCGUUCGGCUUGUCUUUACGAAAUACGAUGUUCUCGAAAUGGACUGUCUAAGGGAGGCUUGUCGCCAGUAUCGCGAGAAACACCCUGGGGCCCCCAAGUUCAAGUACGAUCGAGUGCCUGUAGGCGCACAGGACGAUGUCUACUCGUGCACGGAUUCGAUGCUAGCAUUGAGACGUGCCCAGCGAGAGGCGAUAGCCGGUGAGCUAUUUCCAGAGAAUGCCGAAACUAGUUUUGUAAGCAUUGAAGAUGAUGAAACCAUCCGAGAGCUCUGCGAGAAGACCCAAGCCUGCCUAAAGAGCGACGUCCUCAUUCGGAUCCACAACAAAGCAAUGCUGGCCCAUAUCCAGCAGACUCUUCCCGUAGUCGUUGGACAGGUCACUCAACGUGUCGUGGUGAUUUGCGGCGCGCGCCCUAGGGUACUGUUCGAUAGGAACGAACUCAUGGCAGAGAGUCUCGCCGCCGUGGAGAAUUUUCCCGCUGAUCUAUCGCGCAUCUUGCCUUCAUUCUACGGUCUCAAUAUUGCCUCGGAGGUCAACACAGGAAGUUAUCUCGAGUUAUUUUCCGAGAUCCAAUUAGGCGAAGAGGCUACAAAUUGGAAAGAUACCUUGUGGGAAACCUUCAAUGUGAUUGGGACGGGCCAUCCGGCCCAGGCCUGGAACGAUGAAAAGUUCGCUGAAAGGUGGUUUGUGAAAACUCGGCGCGCCCUGAUGCUACAGUCAAUUUUCGGUAUCCUGACACACGAGAAACUCUUCUGGCUAGGAAUCCGGGAUAUCCCCACGAAAGAGAUCCCAGCGCGAGCAGUGAUCGACGUCCUCAAACAUGCGGUCGAGAUAGAUCGAAUCCUAGACAAGGCUGGGUUCGACGUCUCGGGAGGUGCUGAAAACUUUGAGCGUGUUUUGGGCGAGAUGGUGGAGAGAAUGCGGAGCAGUUUGCGAAUCACAGAAUCUUAA